UGUGUGCAAUAGAGAGAGAGGGAGGAAGAGAGAGCAGCUCUAGCAGGGCACAGAGUAGGUGAAAGUGUGUGUGUGAAUGAAAAAGAGAAAGAGAGGCUGCACAAUACAGUGGCUCAGACUGGCUCACACCGAUGCAUAUUUAAAGACUAGAAGGCAUGAAAAUGUGAUUUUAAAAGAGAGAAAAAAAAGCAAAUCUUUUUUUUUUCUUAUUUUUUCCCUCAUCUAUAUUUUAUCACCUGGAUCUUUCUCUCAUUUUUUCUUUUUUGCUCCGGCUCCCUUUUGACUCUCUUUGUGGUUUAUCAAGGAGGUCACUGCGGAUACAACAAGGAGCAACACAGACUGAACUGCAGGCUACAAGGCCACUGUACGCUGUGCCAGACACCUGUCGAUGUCCUUGGUCCCCGAUAGAGCAUGUGUCUAAGGAUGAAGCCAGUCUCAUGGGAUAGCCAUGUUUUGUCUCCAUGACAGCUAUAUCACUCAGCCCUCUCUGCAGUGACCCCUGCACAGCAAAGGAUGCUGGGAAAUAAUGAGCACUUUUAUCCCGGUCAGGAUGACAAAGAUGGGGAGGAUGAAGAGGAGGAAGAGGAGCAGGGAGGAGAAGACAGAGAAGAUGAAGGUGGACGUGACACGGAGAAUGGAGGAUUAGAGGGUCUGGAGGACAAGGAAAUGACGGGAGGACGACAAUCCUGGGAAGGGAAAGGUGGAGAGGUGGUGAAACCAGCAGCCAUUGUGGUCGGCAGACAGAGAAUAGACCGGCCACUGAGGCCGGGCAACCUGGGCAACAGGGGUAUCAAUUAUAUGCCCAAUCUAGGCCCAGUACAUCAACAAGUUGCCAAUAAGCAGCAGCAGUAUCUCUUGGCAGCAAAGAGACGAGCUCUCAUGGAGCGCAGCAUGACCACAGUGGCUCCGCUGGAGGACACUUUCCUGACCAUGAUGGUGUUCCGCAUCGGGAUUCCUGACAUCAAACAAACAAGGUGUCUCCAGUUUGACCAGGACUGCACAGUGUGGAACGCCAAGCAGCAGAUCAUCUGCUCCCUCAACGAGUCGCUGUGGGAUGCCUACAACUAUGGCCUCUUCCAGCCCGCUGGAGACGGGCGGGACGCCAAGUUCCUAGAGGAGGAGCGACCCCUGCGGGACUAUUCACAGUCCUUGGAGAAAGGGGUGCCUUACCUGGAGUUUAGGUACAAAACCAGAGUUUAUAAACAGACCAAUCUGGAUGAAAAGGCUCUCGCUAAACUCAGCACAAAGGCCAGUCUGAAGAAGUUUCUGGAUUACGUUCAGACAGGCGCAAUAGAGAAAAUGGCAAAAGUCCUUGAUAAAGGUCUGGAUCCAAAUUUUCAUGACCCUGACACUGGAGAGACCCCGCUCUCUGUGGCCAUGCAGGCGGGCCUGUCGGUGGAGGGCAUCAGGGUGUUGGUGCAGGGCGGCACUCACCUCGACUUCAGGAGCAGAGACGGCUUCACAGCGUUGCACAAAGCAGUUCGGGCUCACAAUCAUGCUGGGCUGCUGGCUCUCUUGUCCCUUGGAAUGUCUCCAGACCUCAAAGACCGCUGUGGCCUGACCCCGCUGUACCACACUGUGCUGACAGGGGGAGACACCUCCUGCUGUGAGACUUUGCUCUAUUACAGGGCGAGGCUGGGGACGAGGGAUGAGAAUGGCUGGGAUGAGACCCAUCAGCACAGGGAUGAAGAGGAGUUUGGAAUGGAAGAAAUACAUAAGGCUUGCCAGAAUGGCUUUGCACAGCACUUGGAGCAUCUGCUGUUUUAUGGGGCAGACACCACUUCACAAAAUGCCUCAGGGAACACUGCACUUCACAUCUCUGCCCUGUACAACAAGGAAAGCUGUGUCCGUGUUCUUCUGUACAGGGGAGCAAAUAAGGAGGCAAAGAACAAACAUGGUCAGACCCCUUUUCAGCUAUCUGUAAUGUCUGGUCACUUUGAACUCGGAGAAAUCAUCAAAAACCACAAAGAUUCUGACAUAGUGCCCUUUUUGGAAUCACCAAAGUUUGUUCCCAAGCGAAAAGAGAGCUCCCACACCCUGCCUCUCCCUUCACAUCUUUCCCAUCCCCUCCUGCGUGCUAAUAGCGACAACACCAUGACCCAGUCCGACCCUCUGGCCCUCCCCAUCAAGGCUGCAACCAACCCCAACCCAGUACAGGGCCAGCGCAGAGCCUCCAUCGGCGUGAGAAGCUCCAGCAGCCCCAGAACUCGUACUCGCUCCCCCUCCAGAGGAAGAGGAGGCCAAAGCGACACAGAGGAGAGGCACCGGCAGCCACGGGGGAGACAGGUUGCGACCUCGGCGGGCAGCGGGGGCGCUCAGAUGAAGCGUAUGUACAGUGCAGUUCCAGGACGAGUGUAUGUAGCCACUCGUGCCCACUCUGCUAGUGGAGACAGAGAGCUCUCGCUUAGCAAAGGGGACAAAGUUAAAGUGUUAAGUGUAGGAGAAGGAGGAUACUGGGAGGGAACAGUGAAAGGUCGCACUGGCUGGUUUCCUUCAGAAUGUGUGCAGGAGGUGGCGGCUCCCAGCAAAGACAAUCGAACAGAGACCCGCAGUGAGAAAGCCAAGAGGAAGCUUUUCCGUAACGUCACUGUCGGAGCCUACGAUGGCACGGAUGGCCCCAGUGACUACAUCAUUAAGGAGAAGACAGUGCUCCUACAGAAGAAAGACAAUGAAGGCUUUGGCUUUGUGCUUAGGGGAGCCAAAGCUCAGACUCCCAUAGAGGAGUUCACUCCAACGCCAGCAUUCCCCGCGCUGCAGUACCUGGAGUCUGUUGAUGAGGGGGGCGUGGCGUGGAGAGCGGGUCUGAGGAUGGGGGAUUUCCUCAUCGAGGUUAACGGCCAGAAUGUGGUGAAGGUUGGUCAUCGGCAGGUGGUCAACAUGAUCCGGCAGGGCGGCAACAGUCUCAUGGUCAAAGUUGUGAUGGUUGCUCGGAACCCUGAGCUGGAGGACACGGCUCGAAAAAGAGCCCCGCAGCAGACUAAAAGACUGACUCCUCCUGCCAUUGCCCUGCGCUCCAAGUCAAUGACAUCAGAGCUGGAAGACAUGGCUGCCUCUCCGUGGAAAAAGAAAGCAGACUAUGAGUCCUCUCAGGGUCCUGAUAAGAAGAGGACAGUCUAUCAGAUGGCGUUAAAUAAACUGGAUGAAAUCUUGGCUGCUGCCCAACACACUAUUACAUCAGACAACCAGGGCCAGAGAGGUCAUGGAGGCAAGAGGGACCGGAGCAAGAGUAUUGUUCCUAAUGUCUCUAAUGAGCAACCCUACGAGCAGCAGUCAUCAGUGAGCAUGGUACAGCCGGGACCAGGAUUUGGCUACAACCAGGCUCAUUUUCAACCAGGCCACGGUCCUCAGCACGCAGUCAUGAUGCGUCAAAAAUCUAUUGGUGUAACAGAGGAGGAAAGGCAAUACCUCCACCCACCUGCCAUGAAGUUGGCUCGCAGCUUGUCAGUGCCAGGACCAGAAGAAAUCCCCCCACCUCCUAACACAUCUGCACCAGAGCCACCUUUAUCUGCGGGCCCUCAUCCUGGGAGAGGUCCUGCCAUGCCUAUACCCCCUGUAUCUCAACCCCACUACCAGAUCCACUCUCAGCCAGGCCACCCUACUCAAGCCAGCUGGGAGAGGGGAGGAACUGGUGGGAUGAACCAGCAGGUCAUGGUUCCCACACUCCGCAGACAGUCGGAAGGACUGUGCAUCAGAGAGCCAGACGUGCCCAGGAGGGGUGGUGGCAAGAUGGGAGGGUUAAGGAGAGGCUACAGCAGUGCUACACCACCAACGAGCGCUAAGCCCAAGGCCCAACAGGCACCACAGCAUCACCCGCAUGUGCCCAACAGGGAGCAGGUUGGAGGGGCUGGCAGAGGGGUGGCAAGGAGGGGAGGACGGGGUGCCUUGAUGAAGCAAUCAAAAGUUGAAGACGGACUGAGACAGCAUCGGGGAAAGGAGGUGCAGCUAAAGAGAAGAGCUCCAUCCCCAUCCCCACCAUCAUUGUCAAAGCACCCUCCACCAGCAGCAGCGGCCGAAGCAGCCAGGGUAGCAGCAUGGAGGCUGAGCCCUCUCAGGAUGCCGAAGACCAAACUUCCAUUGACGCAGCCCCAGACAGCCCCAAUACCAGCCUACCCUCACCACUCACCCCCUUGCCACCUCAGCCCCCUAUACCCACUUCUUUGCCGUCAUCGACUGUUGCAAAUUCUGUUUCCUCGCAGCAACACCUGGAUAAUUUGGAUUACACUUCAACCUUAGGGUCAACUUUUGGAGGAGGAGGAGGAGGAGGGGCACGCAGAGAAAGAGAACGUUUCAGAGAUAUGAGAAGAAAGAGUGCAUCUUUCUACCUCUCAUCUGAGGAGGAUAUCCAAGGGGAGGC